AUGAAAGGUAUAUAAUGGGUCACAUCGCCGUGUGCUCAUCAGUGUUCUCACAAUCGUCGAGCAAGCAACAUGAAGUCGUUCUACAUUUUGGGCCUGGUUCUCCUGAGCGUGGCCGCCUUUGGUGAUGAGAAAGUUGUCGGAGGUAUUUCUCAGCUGGAGGGAGAUCAGCGAAAGGAGGCUCUUACCCUCCUGGAUGCUACCCUAGCCCAGCUGGCUACUGGAUCUGGACCAAGCUACAAGGCUAUCAAUGUGACCUCUGUGACGGGUCAAACCGUGUCUGGACGUCUUAACACCUACGAAGUGGAGCUGGAGAAUGGAUCCGACAAAAAGCAGUGCACCGUGAAGAUCUGGACUCAGCCAUGGCUGGAGAAAGACGGCACCAACAUCAAGAUCAAGUGCACCGGUGACGAUGGAGAGGUCGACAGCACCUGGUAAAAGUUAAGAAAACUCAAAUUUCUAUUCUGGACUUAUGAAAAAAUAAACGACAAUGGUUAUAAUUAUAA